AUGUCGGACGCGCUGAUCAACGGACUCGCCGGAGCUGGCGGGGGGAUCAUUGCACAGCUCAUCACAUACCCCCUCCAAACUGUAUUUUCCUCCCCGCAUAUUUCCUCCGUUUAGGACUUUCCCUUCCUGCCUCUGGUUGUCUUCCGAUUUUUCUUUUUGUGUUCUCCGUAUGCCGAUUUGGGGCAGUUGGUUCAUCCGAUGUCCGGUUUACUCAGGUCAAUACUCGUCAACAGACAGAUCGGGGCAGGGGCAAGACGGGGUUUAGAGAUGGAACCGUCGCGCAGAUGUACCAGGUCAGGAUUUGUUGUCGUUUGGGGUUGUACCGCUGCUUGAUCCACACUCGAGCUGUUUUUUUGCCGUGUAAAAGCGGCUGCGAUGAUUUGCUUCUUCCUUUUUGUUCGCCUUAUGAUUGUUCUGAUGCAGGUUGUCCACCAGGAAGGAUGGCAGCGGCUCUACGGGGGACUGGCCCCGUCCAUGUUCGGAACCGCGGCUUCGCAGGUAUUAGCAUGAAGUUUUUUGCUCCGGUUUGUGGAUGUGCGUUGCCGAGUUCGAUUCGUUACUUCACAAGAUAAAAAAAGGAUACUUACUUCCAGUUGAAAACCCGGAUGAGACGAUUUAGUUAAAAUCAAAUGUCGCCAACAUUAGUGUCGGUAGGUUGGGAAACGAACGCAGGUUUCUCAAAACGAGAAUCAACUUCUUGCGAUGGUGCAAUUUUUCACAUUGUUCAGAUGCUGUACCGUCGCAGUACGCAUUGGUGCCUAGGUUGUGAAGAGCUUAUCUAUGUCAUACCGCUGACACUGUCUAUUUAUCCUGGAUUGCUUUCUAAAACUCACCUUCACAAUUUGUCUGUCGCACCGAUUUUUUGUAUUCUCGAGUAAGUAAUUUAUGUCUGUCAUGAAGUUUAUAAAGCGUGUUCCUGCCCUUUAUUCGAACUGUAAACGAGCUCCACAGUAGUAGACAAAGCAUGGGGAAAAUGCAUACACUCAGUUGGGCUAAUGGCAUGUGAUUAUGAUGCAGCUGCCUGAUUCAAUGGUCUUGAUAGUAAUCUUCUUUCUGAUUUUCAAAUAGGAGUAUAAACAUGCCAGAGGCUUAUUAUUCCUUUACAAUCAGUACUUUAGUUCCAGGUUAAUUAUUUCUCAUUCAAAAUUGUUGGGCUAAUUCCAUCUAACAUUAUUGCGUAUAAGAGUUUUUCAUGUUUCACUCGCUGGUUUUGCUCGGUGAUUUGGGAGUCAUCAUUACUGCUUAUUUAUUGAAUUUUCUGCUAGCUCUGUGAUAGGCUGACCUAUGAGUGGAUUCUGUUGUGUCUCGUCUUCAUCAUUAAAUUGCUCUUUCUUGGAACAGGGUGUAUAUUAUUAUUUCUAUCAAAUAUUUAGGAGCCGUGCAGAAAAAGCUGCACUUGAUAAAUGGAAGAGAGGGUCUGGAGAUGGAUCAGUUGGAAUGCUUCAAUCACUGGUUGCAGCCGCACUAUCUGGGUAAGCUAUUCUGUUUUGAAGUCAUCGGUGCUACUAAUUCAGUAUGUGCCUUCAGUUGCAUUAGAUUCUUUUUUCUUAAUACUCCAUGUGGCGUAAUUUUUCCAUCCGUUGUUUGGUUAAACAUCUGAUAGUUUUGUUCCUCUGGUACAGAUGCAUGAAUGUGUUGCUGACAAAUCCUAUAUGGGUUAUAGUCACACGUAUGCAGGUAAAAGUUUACCAAAUGUAGCAUUAACUAUGGCAGCGUUCUCUCAUCCCACUGUUUCUGUUCUCUCUCUUCACAAGUUCAUGCGCCGGAUUCCUUUUUUCUGUCUAAUCUGCUUUACCGAAGUCAUUACACCGUGUGAACUCCUGUCAAAAAAAACAUUAUUGUUUCUUCAUUUUCAGACGACAAGAGCAAAGAGGAUACAAUCUGAUCCUUCCGUACCAGAUGUUCUAAAUGUCAAAAUCCAGACUGCGGCAAUUGAGAAGCCCUCUUAUGGAACAAGUCAUACUGUAUGCCAUUUAUUUUUAAAUUUAUAUAAUAACCUGUACGUUUUUUUCUAGGUUCAAAAUUGCAUCAAGAAUCUAUUUGAAGUCCCUUUUGUGUCAGUGGUGGGAGGGUUGGGGUGGGGGUAAAUUUUUGUAAACAAAUAAUGGGGCACGUGUUUUCUGAGAUGCCGUUAAAGUGAGAAGUGUCUCGUGUCUGCCAGUCAACGCUGAUUGAGGAUCUUCAUAGCUUUUGCGACUGUUUUAGGAAAAUAUUGGGGCCUGUGUUUAAUCAGUUCGCAUAAAACUGGGGACAUUUUCCUUCUGAAUAAUAAUAUAGUGAACGUAAAUUUAGGAAGUAGAUAUAAAAAAUUUCGACAUCAAACACUGGAGAGCAUACUGGAUAGCUCUCUCCCUCUUUCUUCUUCUUUUUUAUCUAAUUUCUGGGAACCAAUUCGCAUUGUCGACGUCCAGAAAAUGCAUGCUAUUCUUGUAGACAAAUCAUAUUAUACUGACAAGAACGUCCCUAAAGCAGGAUCAAUAACAGAAGCAGAGAGAAAUAAAUAAGGAUGGUAUUCAGAAGACAAGCUAAUGUGCAUUAAUUUUUAACUGAUUAAACUCUUAGAUUCUCAUUUUUUUCUUGUUCAUGCUUUAAUUUAUCCGUCAUAGCUACAUUUUUCUGCAAUACUUGUCGAGGACUUUCCCCGAUGCGUGUGUGAAUUUUCAUCCACACGGUGGGAAAAUAAUGUACAUUCGAGGAUGAUCACGGAAGCAAUCUAAUUUUUCACCCUCUUCACAUCAACUAAUAUUAUGUUUCAUGUAUAUUUUAGGUGAAUACAUUAUAACUUUUACGACCUUUUUCCAAUAAUUUCCCAAUUGAUAUGAUUAUUCUGAGUCUUGUACCCUUUUUUUUCCCCUGACUUCAUCCUCCAAUAGUUCGAGCAAGAAUAUUUCUUCAACAUUCGUUCUUCCUAAUCCAAGGUCAACUCAUGUUGGUCAGUACUCGUAAAGAUGUGAGCUACGCUGUUUAUUCUGUAAAGAUUCAGUGCGUAUAGACCCUUCUCGGACAAGAACAUGUAUGCACUCUAGGUACUUUUAUGAUAGUUAAUCUCAAUAUUUCAUUAGAUCGUGAUUUUUUUUGUUUUUGGUGCAUAGUUGGAGCAGAAUUUGGGUUUCCAAUCGGCGAGAAACAGUAGAAAAAUUUUGAGAACUUUUGAAUCCGAGCAUGGUAGAUCAGAAAUAAUACUUUCCUAUGAUCGGUGCCAGUAAGUUCUCUUCUUGCUAACAAUGACAGGUUCAUGAGAUCUACGAUGAAGCUGGGGUUUUUGGUUUCUGGAAGGGCGUAUUCCCAGCUCUUAUUAUGGUAAGCAACACGAAGCUUUCUCCACACUGCUGCCAGAUGAAAUGUAAUGAGUUUCGCCCUCCCUACCUGCAGGUCUCCAAUCCCUCCAUACAGUUCAUGCUGUAUGAAACCCUCCUGAAGAAACUGAAGGCCAGACGAGCUGCAAAGGGGAGCAAUGCAGUAACCGCCCUUGAGGUAAAUUUUAGAGGAAUGUGACACUCGUGAAUCUGUUCAUGAGAAAGAGCCGAGAGGCUCUAAUUUUAUGUUUCACAUGCUAAUAAUACAGAUUGAUCAUGCCACAUGCUAAUAAUACAAUAAAAGAGAAAAAAACCUAUCAGUAGAAAUAUAAUUUUUAAUGAUAUAUUGUUUGUUAGAUAAUUAAUCCUGUAAUAUGUAUUCAUUUACUUGAGUGUGUAUAUUAUUUAUAGAUGUAUUCUAGUGUCAUGCUUCCAUGGUGCCUGGUUAUGCUGCCAAUAUAUAUAUAUAUAUAUAUAUAUUUGAUAUAUUUCAUUUUUAGUGUUGACUUAAAGCGAUGGGUUGACCUGUUCUCCAGUUUUUCCUUCUCGGAGCAAUUGCUAAACUUGGAGCUACUGUUGCAACAUAUCCUCUUCUGGUCGUGAAGGUAAGAAUCUGUUUAGCUUGUCACCAAUCCCACCUCGUGGCAUUGAUUUCUUCUAAUUUCUCCGGAUGAUCGCCAGAUUUUCAGAAAAUAUAUUUUUUUUUAUUUUAUCAUCUCUGGAUUUAAUGCAACCAGUUGAAAUCCCAGAUGUCCAUUUUUCCUUCUUUUUUAAAAAAAAAGAAUUUUAUGGUCUCCUGGGAAACUAACCUGCGAGUACAGUUCUACUAAGUCGCCUGUUCAUUGAACUUUUUCAGUCGAGACUUCAAGCCAAACAGGUGGUCAGCAGUGACAAGAAUCAUCACUACAGAGGUAUUAUUAGGAUGAUUGGCUUCUAUGCUGUGGGCCCACUGUAUAAGGCUUUGACCUGGAGAAAAGUUCUUUCCUUAAAUAGAUGAAUCUGCGACACCCCUUGACCUGGAUCCCCCGGCUUCACUGCAGGGACGGCCGACGCCAUCACGAAGAUGAUCUAUCACGAAGGCCUCUCGGUGUUCUACAAGGGAAUGAGCACCAAGAUCAUGCAGAGCGUGCUGGCGGCGGCGGUCUUGUUCAUGGUCAAAGAGGAGCUGGUGAAGGGAGCCCGUCUGCUGGUCACCGGUGACCUCGGGCUGACUGGAGGCGGCUCCUCGAGAUCUAAAUCCCAGUAG